CAGAGAACAGAAGAGGUCUCUGCUCAGGAGGAGACAGAAAGAGAAGUACUUGAAAUCAAACGUGCCUGGGGGCUGCCAUCCACAUCCCACCCCAGCAUGAAGACGGUGCCUGCUGCCUUAUUCCUGCUCUCCGCCAUUGCUGCUUUGUGGAGCAUUUCUCAAGCCAGCGACAAUAUCAAGAGCUUGAGCGACUGCUGCCUUUCAACAAGCCCAAAAAGAAUCCCAGCCCAGUUGGUGAUAUCCUACAAGAUACAGAAGGCUGGGGAUGGAUGUAACGUCGACGCUGUUGCGUUCAAGACCAAGAAGCAAAUAGUCCUCUGUUCCCCUCCUGAGGAGAGUUGGGUGAUUAGACUGAAGAGAAUCGUGAAAAGGAAAAUGAAGAAAUCGCGUAACCAGAAAAAGCAGAACUGAGGAGAGACUGUGGCCUGGAGACUUCCCAGAUCCUUCCUUCUGUUAAUCAGUUCUUCUACCAAUGUUGCCCAUAUAAUUGAGAAUGUAGCAGGUCUCCCUCUCUUAUGUUCCUCCCCUCUCCUCAAAGACCCUUUCCAGAGCUCAUAAAGCCAGCACCCACCCCACAUUCAAGAGGCAGUGAAUUAGAGACCAUACCAGUGAGUCCAAUAGUUGUCUGGGCUUGGAAAUUUAUUCUGUGUCUGACCCCAGGAGUGUGUGAUGGGGCAGUGAGGGAGUUUCACUCUGUGUCUGACCCCGGGAGUGUGUGAUGGGACAGUGUGGGAGUUUCUCUCUGUGUCUGACCCCGGGAGUUUGUGAUGGGACAGUGUGGAGGGAGCUUCACUCAGUGUCUGACCCCAGGAGUGUGUGAUGGGACAGUGUGGAGGGAGCGCCACCUAGUGUCUGACCCCAGGAGUGUGUGAUGGGACAGUGUGGAGGGAGUUUCUCUCUGUGUCUGACCCCAGGAGUGUGUGAUGGGACAGUGUGGAGGGAGUUUCUCUCUGUGUCUGACCCCAGGAGUGUGUGAUGGGGCAGUGUAGAGGGUGUUUCUCUCUGUGUCUGACCCUGGGAGUGUGUGAUGGGACAGUGUAGAGGGAGCUUCACUCUGUGUCUGACCCAGGGAGUGUGUGAUGGGACAGUGUAGAGGGAGAUUCUCUCUGUGUCUGACCCUGGGAGUGUGUGAUGGGACAAUGUAGAGGGAGAUUCACUCUGUGUCUGACCCCAGGAGUGUGUGAUGGGACAGUGUAGAGGGAGUUUCUCUCUGUGUCUGACCCAGGGAGUGUGUGGUGGGACAGUGUACAGGGAGCUUCACUCUAUGUAACUCCACUGUCCCUGUAAUAUCUCUAAUCUUCCAAGGCUUAUUCACUGCCACUUGAUUUUACACUGCUAUCUUCGUUGAGUUCCAGGUGCUGUGUAUCUCCUCUCUCUCCUGCCCCUGCCACUCUAAUCCCCCUUGGAGAGGGGACUGGGCUUGGACCACCAACCACGGGACAGGUCAGUGGUCCUAGUGAAAUGUGAACCCCCCCCCCCCCCCCCAGCAUUCCUCACUUGAAGUGUCCCCUUGCGGAGGCAGGGGACUUGCCCCCAGGAUAAUGUGAAUACCGAUUAAUGAAUGUUCCUUUAAUGCUGCAAUCGAUGCUGACUGGUGCUACUCAUUACAGGUGGGAGGGGUACAGCGGGCACAUGGGCUCCUUGUCUUUCCUACCACCUGCCCUGGGACUUGGGCACUGGUGAAGUGUUUGCCCCUCUCUUCCACGCUCAUGUGGGGAGCUUCCACCGGCUGUGGGCCUGACCCUUUGCUCCCUCUGCAGACCUUUUGGGGGUUUUUUCUGGUUUAGUAAAUACCUGUGUUUCUAACUAUCCUCCCCCAGUGGACCAUGAUGAGCUGGUCAGACAGGUAGCUUCAGCACUUAUAUUUUAUAUUCAGCUUCUGUAAUUUUUUUAAACUGAUUUUGUACCAUUCAGCACAAACACAAGGGAUUUGCUGACGUCGGAAAUCCAGAGCAACGUGCAGAAAAUGCUGGAGGAACAUAGCAGGUCAGGCAGCAUCUCUGCAGAAGAAUAGAAAGUCACAGUUUCAGGCCGAGGCCCUUCACCGGGACCGGAAAGGGAGGGGGAAGACGCCAGAUUAGGAAAGUGGGGGAGGGGGAGGAGUACAAGCUGGCAGGUGACGGGUGAGACCGGGUGAGGAGGUGGGUGGGUGGGUGGGGGAGGGGAUGAAGUAAGAAGCGACAAGUUAAAUUUGAGGUUAUUGCCUCAGGGGGUUCCUGUGAAGAAUUGCUUCUCCGAGAUCCAUUGUGUUCACGGGGAAGGACGUUGAUGCCUGGGAUCGAAGGCCUGGCUCUUUGGAAUGUGGCAGUUUCUGGGAUCAUCCCAGUCCACGUUGGAGGGACUUUAAUUAAAGAGACGUUGAUACCUUUGAUGCACCAUCAAUAACUCUCCGAGACGUGAGGCGAGAUAUCGGCUUUUAUUGACUGGAAGAAGGAACAAGCAGUGAGUGACCACCACACUACAUCCUGGAGACUGAGAGACCGGGCUCAGGCCUUGAUCGCCUUUAUACAGGGGUCUGUGGGAUGAGCCACAGGAGCAGUCAGCAGGGGGCGUGUCCAGACAGGUAUAUGUAGUUCACCACAACCUUUGAGGAGAGAAUGAUUCCAUUGGGGUGAUGCAAUUUGCACCGUGUUUAAUGGGGUUACACAUUGCAGAAUUUUGUUCAAUUUUAAUCUGUUCAGUAUGGGAGAGCUGCACUGGCUGUACAGUUCACUGGGUUUUGCAGUGGGGGUGCACUGGGUUACACAGUGAGAGUAUAACAGUGUACACCUGUGGGCAAAACAUUGACUGUUUUUGCCUAUCCAUAGAUACUGCCUGACCUGCCGAGUUCCUCCAGCACUUUGUGUUUAUUGUACCAUUCAGCUCUUAUGUUUUUUUUACACUUCUGUACAAUUGUUUUAAAAUAAUUAAUUUUGUAUGGUUUUAUAAUGUGAAAAAUAAAAUUCCGUUGAAAUCCA